GUCGGCGCCGCGACGUCAAGGAAGAGGGGUAACUUAAUCGCAGUUCGCCGCCCCCUGCGUUAUCGAGGCCAAGUAGUACGCGUUUCUCGAUUGUCUAAGGCACACCUUUUCAUCCCUGUGUGUCUUUCCUCCUUUUUUCAUACUUCUUCUCUGUCUCCGUAUCUCAUUUUUUGUCUCCCUUUUUACUCUUCACCUUUGUUUCGCCAAUUUACUAGUCUAUUUUUCGUCCCUAUCCCUGCGCACGCGGCGCACAGUCCGCGGUAACGAAUCUGAAGGUCCGCUGGUUCGCAGGCAGAGGGCCCAGGAGGCUCAGCGGUGCCUGGACGAACAGGCGACAACGGCAGCCACUCCUUAUGGAACCCACGAGGCUACCCAGGAGCCCGGCACCAAGGCUAAUUUUUCUUUUUGCCACCCUUACUCUGACAUGUGCUGCGACAGGUCUUCUUUGUUUGGCAAUAAUGUCAGAUCACUGGGAGGAGGUAGAUUGGGAUAAAGAGAUACUUGAGAGGACAAACAUUAUCCCUAACUGGUUCUUGGACGGAAAAGUUGGCCGACUGGAUGCCCUGCCCUGGUCUACGGAACGAAUCUUGGGCCACAGUUCAUCUCACCAUACAAAAAUGAGGCCAAGUCCAGCUUUUCUCGUACCUAUGCAUGGCGGGAUCUGGACCAUGUGCAUGUCCCUCACAGAUGAAGAAAUUCAAUUAUUGGCGCAGCUUGGCUUUCCACAAGAAAAAUGCAUCAAUUACUUGACGCCAGAUGAGGCGCACGAGGAAAUGCGCGCUGCUUGGCAGAACCGAAUGCAAAAUCUGAGCAUAUCUUGCUCCUUGGUGUGUUUAAUAAUUCUUGGUUCAGCUGUUUUCGUUGGAUUUUUCGGACUCUGCAGACAUCAAAUUUCGGCUGUACUGGUGACUGGUGUAAUGUAUCUUCUAGCAGCAACAUUCGCCCUGUUUACGCUGACAAUAAUACACUGUAAGCGGUCACAGGAUCGGGUAACUGGACGUAUUCUACCCGAUGGACCGGAAGACGGCGUCGUCGGUGGCCCUGUCGACCGCAGUGUCCUCAAAGCUCGACGCGUCGUUGCUUCUUGGAGCAUGGACUUCGGUUCUUUCCGCACUGGCCUCUGUUGCUUGGAUCCUUCUUAGCAAGAUUAUGCGCUUCAGCCCCAUAUCGGCAAUGAUUGCGUAGCAGCGUGAAGCCUUUGAGGUAUAAACCGACAUUCAUCUCUGUGUUGGAUUACCGUCUAUCGUGACAGGCUUCCCCCUCCCCCGAAUUACUAUUUCAAUUGAAACUUUAAUCUUCUUCAUAUAUCACAGUAUAAUUUAUGUUAUUGUUUUUUUAUUAAAUAAACUGUGUAACAACUUUUUUCGGACAAUAGUAUAAUAAAAUUAUUAAUUGAUGUGUUGAAUACGAUACAUAAAAAUAU